AUGAAGCGUCAGAGGCGACCAUGGAUUUCACGUUCAGCGCUUGCCCUAAGCCUGCUGCCGUUACUGCUUGCGGCUGAACCCGGGCCCCGGCCUAACAUCCUGCUCAUUGUUGCUGAUGAUCUUGGCUUCAGCGAUUUACCUGAGUAUGGCAGCGAAAUCGUCACGCCCAACAUUAGCGCCAUCGCUGCGGCGGGGACGCGUUUUGAACACUUUUACGCCAGUCCCAGCUGUUCGGUGACACGCUCCAUGCUCCUCACUGGCGUCGACAACCACCUUAACGGCCUUGGCAACAUGCGGGAGCUUUCAACACCUCGCCAGCGCCAACAGCCCGGCUAUGAGGGCUAUCUGAAUCAACGCGUGGUGACCGUCGCAACACUGCUGAAAGACCAGGGUUACCGGACCUACAUGUCCGGCAAGUGGCAUCUGGGGCAGCAACCCGGACAGCUGCCGGUUGAUCGAGGGUUUGAGCAAUCGUUUGCGCUCCUUGAGGGUGCCGGAAACCACUUCAGCACGCUGGGGUAUUCGGCAAACGUGCCCCAGACGACUUACGUUGAAGGCGAAAACCCAACCGACUUGCCGGCAGAGUUCUACUCCACGGUUGAGUUCACCAACCGAAUGAUUAAGUUUGUGCAGUCCAGGCGUUCUGACGAACCGUUUUUCGCUUACCUGGCCUACACCGCGCCCCAUUGGCCGCUGCAGGCGCCAGCCGCUGAGAUCGCCAUCCACACCCGAACCUACCAGCAGGGCUGGGAUCGAAUCCGCCAGGCCCGCCAUGAGCGUAUGAUCGCUCUGGGGCUAAUCCCAAGCCACUUGAGAGCGCCAUCUCGGCGAAACCUGGUGCCCGCCUGGGACUCGCUUGCGCCCGCCGACCAGAGGCGGAAAUCGCCACCAUGGGCGACCUACGCGGCCAUGAUCACGCUGAUGGAUCAACAGAUUGGUCGACUCUUGGAGACACUGAAGCAGCGUGAUCAGAUCGACAACACGCUCAUUGUUUUUCUAUCCGACAACGGUCCAGAGGCCCGCGACCUGGGCAGCUUUUCUCAAUUUAAGCAAUGGAUAGAAGCCAACUACGACCCAGCCGCGCCGGUGGGUAGCAAACGAUCAUUUGUGUUCGCAGGCCCGGGCUGGGCGCAGGCCAGCAACACGCCGCUGCGCGGAUCGAAAUCGAAAACCACUGAGGGCGGUAUCCGUGUGCCGCUGAUCAUUCGGCCACCGCGCACUGGCGCUGAGGCAAAAGCAACAACUGGCGCCGUUGUCGACGUCAAAGAUGUGGCAGCAACCUUGCUGGACUAUGCCGGUGUGUCACACCCCGGAACCUCGUACCGCCGGCGUAAGGUCGCUGCCAUCGAGGGCAUCUCACUUCGUGAACUGAUGGACAAUCGUUUGCCAGCAGCGCACCGGCCCCGACAGACCUUUGGUUUUGAGGCGAACCGACAGUCAGCGCUUAUCCAAUGGCCCUGGAAAUUGCUGCGGCAAUCCCCGCCUGGAAAACCUCAAAAUGUCGAUGCCUCCUGGGAGCUUUAUCAACUGGACAACGACCCCUCAGAAAGCCGAGACCUGGCAAACACUCACGUCACCGAGCUUCACAGGCUACUGCAGUUAUAUUCCCAUUACUCCGGGCGAGUAGGCGUUACCCAGGUUCGCUAA